UUGAGUUAGGCUGGGGUGGUUGUUCGAUUGCCAUGGCGAACAGUGCCAACAGUGCACCUACCUACCAGCCCUACCGCCUGAAGAAAGUAAUCACGAGCCACACGGCCGCCGUCUCGUCCGUGAAAUUCUCCAACAACGGCGCGCUGUUCGCCUCCGCCUCCCUCGACAAAACCCUAAUCGUCUAUUCCACCGAAACCCUAACCCAAAUCUCCCACCUAAUCGGCCACUCCGACGGCGUCUCCGACCUCGCGUGGUCAUCCGACUCCACCUACAUCUGCUCCGCAUCAGACGACCGCACCCUCCGCAUCUGGGACGCACGCGCCGCCGAGUGCGUGAAGACGCUCAAGGGGCACACGCACUUCGUCUUCUGCGUGAACUUCAACCCGCAGUCGAAUUUCAUCGUCUCCGGUUCGUUCGACGAGACGGUCAGGAUCUGGGAUGUGAAGACGGGGAAGUGCGUGCACGUGAUCCGGGCCCACACUCUGCCGGUGAUGUCGGUGCAUUUCAACCGAGACGGAUCGUUGAUUGUUUCCGGCAGCCGCGACGGUUCCUGCAAAAUUUGGGAUGCGGCGAGUGGGACUCUGCUUAAGACGCUGAUUGAUGACAAGGUCACCGCUGUGUCUUUUGCUAAGUUCUCCCCCAACGGCAAAUUCAUCCUCGUCGGCACUUUGGAUGAUACCCUGAAGCUAUGGAACUAUUCAGCUGGGAAGUUCUUGAAGAUAUAUACGGGACAUGUGAACAGAGUAUAUUGCAUAACGCCGACAUUCUCAGUGUCGGGGGAGAAGUACAUUGUGAGUGGCUCAGAGGAUAAAUGCGUCUAUUUGUGGGAUUUACAGGGCAAAAACUUGGUUCAGAAACUCGAAGGGCACACCGAUACUGUUGUCUGUGUGACGUGUCAUCCAACAGAGAAUAUGAUUGUUUCUGCCGGACUUCAUAAUGACAGGACUUUGCGCGUUUGGGUUCAAGGUUAAUUUCUAGGUUUAGUCAUCGUAAUCGGUCUCCGCCUCUUCUAUUCGAUUUCGAGUUUUCUUUUUUUUUUUCUUUUUCGAUUUCUCUACAGUUAAUAUAUUCCAGUAAAUGGUGUACUUUAAUAAUCUAAUACCGAAAGCGUAAGAAUUUGUAAAGGAGUGAUUGUAGAAUGGAGAGUCAUUUAGCUAUUUUGGGAAGUUUUGAUACAACCUAAUGUAUUGUAAUCCUGCCAGCACAUACUAUUAAUACAUAAACCGACCCAUUUGAAAUUUU